AUGCCUCCGGUGCGUCUUAGCAAGCCAGCAGCCAUCGUCACCGACAUUGAGGGCGCCAUCACGUCCCUUCGCUUCUGGCAGGACGUUCUGGCGCCCUUUGUCCUCGACAACGUCGCCGCCUGUCUGGAAGAGUGGUGGCAGCGGCCGGAGUGUGAUGACGUCGUCCAGAUGAUGCGACUGUACGCCCACGAGCGCUGGGCGGAGAAGAAUGAACACCAAAUGCCGCUGAUCUACGGCGAUGACCAGCCACGGGCGAAGAUCAUCGACAGCGUGGAGCGCAAUCUUCGCUAUCAGCUGGCCAACAAGAAGAGCAGCACUCAGCUGAAGGCGAUUGUUCUACUCGUUUGGCUGUACGGCUAUCAGACUGAAAAGUUGAAAGGGCACGUGUACCAAGACGUGGCGAUUGCCUUCAAAAGCUGGCACAAGCACAAAAUCAAACUGUGCACAUUUGCAUCGGGCUAUCGUCUGGCACAGGAAAUGCUCCUCACUCGAACACUGCAUGGCAACUUGCGCACAAUCAUCUACUCAUUCUUUGACGCCGACCAUCAGGGACGCAAAGACGACCCGGCCAGUUAUCGUGAAAUAGCUCGACAGAUCAAGGAAUCUCGAGCAAACAUUCUCUUUCUAUCUGAUAGUAUUAAAGAGCUGAAAGCUGCUGAAAGUGCUGGCCUGGUUGCAGUUUUGGUAAUUCGAACUCACAAUCAAGAGCUCAAACGACAGAAAGACCUUCCCNGUCGACAAGUUGAAAAGACUCUCUAA